UCUCCAACGCUUGGUUAAAAUUAAAUCUAAUCGUUUAACUUAUUAAGAGCAAUGGCUAGGAUUAUUUCUCAGUCUGUACAGCGACAUCUAUACGUCAAAUCGCCGCCGUUAAUUCUUCUCCCCCAUACUCGCCACCGUUCAUUCAAGGCCCAGGUCAUCGAAAUUGACCUCGAAUCAUCCUCGUCGUCCCCCACCUCGUCUGGCGGCGAUAGCGAAGCAGAUAGAUUGGCUAUCAAGAAGCUAGAGGAGAUAGUCCAGAGUAUAAUCGUGCAGAAGGCUACGCCAGAUUGGCUUCCGUUUAUGCCAGGAUGGUCGUUUUGGGUGCCGCCGCCGCGGCGGCCGAAUACGAUAGUUGAUUGGAUGAGUAAGUUAUCGAAUCAGUUGACUGAAGAAGAGAUGCUUUCGCUCACGACUGUUCGUGGCUGGCCGUGCUCCUCCUUUUUGCUCGAAGGUAUAAAUGACAUUUUGAUUAAAAGAGUAGAUGUGGUAAAGAUGGAUGCAAAGGUUGAAAUGCUGAAAGAGGAUGGGGUGCAUAUAGAGGUGAAGGUGGAGGUGUUGCCAGAUUCUGAAGGCACAUCUCAAUCUAAAGAUGAGGACUGAUGAGCUGCAUCCUCUUUGACAGGAUCAGUUGCCAUUGCUCACUCACCCUUCUAGGUCCCUGGUGAUUAGAGUGAAAGAAAUGGCUGGGUGACACAAAAUUGAGCAAGCGCAAUGAUGUACAUAUGCAAACCAUGAAUAGUUGGGGUGAUGAAUUGGGUAAUAUUAAUUAUUUUGUUUGGUCAAACUCACCCCCUACUCGACAAGGAAUUUCAUACAUACUGUUGCGUUUAUUCCAAUUGAUACUUAUGUCAAAAAACUUUCUUGUUACUUUAUGACUUAGAAACGGCUAAUCAUAUUUCAUAUUUAGGUUGUGAUACAUUGUUUAAUUACUAAUUUACUCCAUAUUGAGGAAGUUAAUUUCAA